AUGGACUCGGCAGCAGUAGCGAUGGAGAUUCCCCACCAUGACGCACCCGUGUCGCUGAAGAAGAGCCGUACCGCGGCUCUGGAGGCCAUGGAGGACAUAAUCUACGGAUCAGUCGCCGGCGUUGUCGGAAAAUACAUCGAGUACCCUUUCGACACGGUCAAGGUCCGCCUCCAAUCCCAACCCGACAAUCAGCCCCUCCGCUACAAGGGCCCGGUCGACUGUUUCCGCCAGUCUUUCCAGGCUGAGGGCCUCCGCGGCCUAUACCGCGGUAUCAGCGCACCGCUCGUCGGAGCUGCGCUCGAGAACAGCAGUCUGUUCUUCUUCGAACGGAUCGGUCGCGCCGCCGUAUACCGGUCGGGCUGGACGCCCCAGGGCCAGGAGCUGUCACUCUCUGCCCUGUGGUUCACUGGCGCCUUCUCCGGCUUCUUCACGUCAUACGUCCUGACGCCCGUCGAACUCGUCAAGUGCAAGAUCCAGGCCCCCGCCGGCGCCGACGGCUCGGGAGCGCCACAGCAGCUGCGCCCGCUGUCUGUUGUCCGCGAAAUCUACCGCCAUCAAGGCAUCAGAGGCUUCUGGCAUGGACAGAUGGGCACCCUGAUCCGCGAGUCCGGGGGUUGCGCCGCGUGGUUUGGCAGCAAGGAGACGGUGACAAAGAUGUUCAACGUGCUCAACGCCAAGUCGGCCAAGACGCAAGGUGAGAGGGACGCGCUGGCGGCGAAGCCGCUGCCACUAUGGCAGCAGGCGCUGGCGGGUGCCUCUGGCGGUGUGUCGUACAACUUCCUCUUCUUCCCGGCCGACACGAUCAAGUCGCGCAUGCAGACGGCAGCCAUUGGCGACGCCGCGCAAAACCGGUCAUUCUGGCAGGAAGGCGCCGCCGUCUGGCGGCAACACGGGCUCAGGGGGCUAUACCGGGGCUGCGGUAUUACGUGCCUUCGCUCAGCGCCCAGCUCUGCCUUCAUUUUCAUUGUUUUUGACGGCCUCAAGCGACAUUUCCCCUUCCAAUAG